GUAAACAACUUUCCAGUUUUGCAACAAUUUGCUUCAUUUCGUGCUAAUUUAGUUGUGAUAAUUAGUGCAUUUCGUGCUGAUUGCAGCUUAUGUAGCGAGCAAAGAGCGUGUAACUUCUUUCAAACGGUCUCAUCACUACAAACAACUGCAAAACCAUGCCCGGUCCACGUUCCAACCUGUGGUCCUUCUUCACCAGAGACCCAACGGGGAAAACAGCCAAAUGCGCCCUCUGCAAUCAGCUAAUGUCGGUGGAAAAGUCAACGUACUCCAAUCUGCGCAGGCACAUCCUGAGGAAGCAUCCUUCCAGACGCCAUGAAGUCGCACCACGUGAAAAGACACUACACAAUGCGAUGUGGAAACACUUCAGCAAGGAGCCCGAAAAGCGGGCCAAAUGCCGGCACUGCAGUACGGUGCUCACGUACAAGUACACGACGUCCAGCCUGGGCCGGCACAUGCAAAACAAACACGUCAAGAUACUGCUGGAGGAGCAGCAAAGCAGCGCGGUCCAGUUCGAGGAGGAGUACGAGGAGGUGUACGAGGAGGAGGGGGAGCAGGGGGUGUUUCCGAUGCACAGCGACGAAGAGCGUAGCCAGUACGCUGCGGGUGGUUGCGUGUCGGGUAACGAGUCGGACGAGGAAAUGGAGUGUGGCGGUGGAUUGAUUGAACUGCAGCCGGUGAAAAACGAUGGACUGACGGAACCGAUCAAGCUGGAGAUCGUCGACCUAAAUCCGGAACCAACCUCGAAUGACGAUCCGGAUCAUGAACUGAUCGAGGGCAGCAUACACCAUCACCACCAUCACCAGUCAAGCCGGAUAACACAGUACGAUGAAGCAGCGGCCAUGAUGCACCACCACCACGAGCUCGGACAGGAGGACGACCUGUCGGAGGUAAUAGAAGAGACGGUGAUAGGACAGAUCAUGGGCCCGGAGGGCACGGCACACCCCGGCCCGGCCGACCCAACCGCAACGGAGGAUGAAGAGCGGAAAGCUAGUGCCGGUUGCCUGAUAAGCUCCAGCAUGAAACAUAUUAACACCAAAGUGGCCACUUUCGCCGUCCAUACAGCGCUCGAGAUGGAAAGCUUAGCGGCGCAGCAGCGAAUAAUAGCGCAAAAGCUUGUAUCGGACAUACUGUUCAAUGCAAAGUUGGACAAUUUAGAUGAAAACUCGCUGGUGAUCGUGCGCGUUGGAACGUUCGAACGCGAAUGAGCGAUUUUUUCUAU